GGGAAUUUGGGGGAAUAAUUUCGUUAUGGCCAGGUACCUUCGGCCUCCAAACACUUCGCUCUUUAUCAGAAAUAUAUCUGAUGAAUCCAGACAAUAUAAAGCGAUACAGUACUGGAGACCCCACUGAGAAAGUAAGAAAGAACCUUUUUAGAGUAGAGUCCAAGAAUUAACACAAGCAGACAAGCCAAAGACCUCUCAAGGAUCAGGCCUCAAGAAAAAGAGAAAGGGAAAGGUUGAAAAAAAAGAGAAAUUAAAGCUUGAAGAUACAAAGGGGAAAAAAAAAAGAAACCAAAAUGGGAGUCGAGGCCUUGACCUGUCUGCAAAAGAGAGAGAAAAAAAGAUUAUUGCUCAAAGCCAAGCAGCAAACCAAGUUCUUCUGGGAAGCGUUUUUAAAGAGUUAAAGGUCAAGAUGAAGUUGAAAGUCAAGCAUGUUUAAGCUUAGCAUGUUUGAAGAUGUGCGAGAUGCUGAGGAUGCACUUCACAACCUGGACAGGAAGUGGGUCUGUGGCCGUCAAAUUGAGAUCCAGUUUGCUCAGGGGGAUCGGAAAACUCCAGGACAAAUGAAGACCAAAGAAAGGCGUUCCCCUCGGAGUUUUUCACGUGAUGAUUGUGACAGAGACAGACGCAGGCGCUCCCGCAGCAGGGGUUAUGAACGGAGAAGGUCCAGGAGUCGUUCUUUUGAACGAAGGCCAAGGCGGUCUGAGAGUCCCAGAGACUACAAUAGUAGAUCCUAUGGAAAACACAGACGAAGCAGAAGCCCUGAAAAUGACAGGUACAGACGACACAAUCGCUCUUACAGCCGGUCAAAUUCUAGAUCUAAAUCUCAUUCCAGAUCAAGAUUGAAAGCCAAGAAGGACUCCAGGGCCAGAUCACAUUCAAGAUCAAAGUCCCUGUCCCCACCCGGAGAGGGCUUUCACCUGGCACCAAAAUCCCGUUCAAGAUCUAAAUCUCAGAAGGAUUCCGGAUUGAGAUCGCCAUCGGGAUCUCGAUCUAGAUCUCAGUCUAGAUCGCGCUCCAGAUCCAGGUCAUGGGCUGGUCGGAAAUCUGGUGGCCAUUAGACCGCUUUCUUCAAUAAUGGCUUGCAUAAUGUAUGGUUUUUGUUGGUUUGGGUUUUUUAUUUUUAUUUUUUAAAUGUUUUUUGGUUUAAUUGAUGCAAGUAGUAUAAAAUGUUUUUGACAUCUUGUACCAGAUUUCCCCACGUAGAUCAGUUGCAGAAGUUUUUUUUCUUAUUUAGGUGAGACUGUUUAUUUUAGUCUGAAGUAUUGCUUUUCAUGUUUCAGCAUCCAGAGAAGUGGGGCAACUAACAAAGUUGCUGUAUAAAAUGUUUUGGCUCCCAUGAAUCUAAAGCAGACAUUUACAGCAUGCUACACUAACAUAUUAUAGUGGUCAACUUUGUUUUAUAAGUAUUUCUACUUUUGUGAAAAUAUAACUCGGCAUAUUCUUAGUCCUCUCGGAUUGGUGUUGUCCAUGGGUCAUCUAAAGUAUUUUGCAGUUUUAAUUUUUAUAAUUGCUGUUGCUUCUGGUCCAUAUACAACCAGGAAUUAGUGUCUUCCAAUGAAAAUUAAGUUUUUGUUUUUUUUCCUCCCCAAAAAAGUAAUUUUGUGCCCACCUUGGUAUUCCUGAAAUGGUAAUCCUUAAAUUACUUGUUUUGUUUUUGUAUAUGGACCUUGUAAGACAGUUUGGGAGUUUUAAUGUGAAUUUGAUAAUAAAAUGCAACACUCUUGUGCUGAAACCAUAAAUAACUGUUGGUCCAAGAUGAAUAACUCAAUCUCCAACUGGCAGGACGAAGGUUAAAUCUCAAAAUAUAGUAAGUAUGCUGUAUGACAUGGUAAAACAAGUAUUUUUAAAGCAGCUGUAUACUCAUUUUGAUAACCUGUAUAAAGUGAAAGUGUAUUUUGUUUUUAGUUUUUGCUAAAACUCAGAAUGGAUACAUGCACACUUAUGUUCUUUCUAAAAGGUUUGUAAAUACCUGUGGUAGAAGUCUCAUGUUUAAGGAAACUUAAGAUUUUGUAGUAACUACAUUCAGUAAAGGUCUGCUUGGCAGUGGUUUAUAUGCAUGCUUCCUCUUGUGUGGUGUUGUCUUUAUGAAUUUCUACUGUUUUGGUUUAAAGGUAUUUGUGGGGGGGGAUGUUCUGAUGCAUCAAGUAAUUGAAACACUGGUGUAUUCUGACUUAUUAAAUGGAAUAUAGAAAGUCUUGCAUAGCUGUUUCAGUUCCUUCUAAAUAAUGGGGGGGGGGGUGGCGACGAUUGGAUUACGGAAUUAGAAUAGUUGCUGAGUUAACACACAGCUAGCAAAGCUACAAAAUUUAUGCAUCUUGACCAAUUUACACAUGUAGUUAUGCAGGAGCUACACACGUUUGUUAGCUGGUUUUACAGACCCAGAUUAGAAUUGGUCUUGGACUACCUUAAGGUAAUAUUAAGGUGUCCAAUAUUGGCCCUUAUCACGGUUUGUGAAACUAGCAGAAAUAGUGUGAAUAUGUUUAACCUUCUCAUCUGAUGAAGUGUCAAAUCCAGUAGUUGACCAUUUUUGUUUGUGGCUUCAUUUCCAAGUAAAAAUCAAUUUAUUUCGCUGUGGCUUUAGUUUGACAACCAAAGAUUGUCAGAAACUGGUUGUCCAGUGCGAUUUGUUUGUAAAUGCUGUUAAGUCUCUUGGUACUGGUCAUGUUAUCACUUCCAGUAUUCCAAGAUUUACUUUUGAAUCUAAUAAAAUGUGGUGACAUU